CUCGUCGUCGUCUUCAACUGCGUUCUCAUCCAGCGCUUUUGUAUAUUUCACUCAGGUGCUUCGAGAGAACACAGACAAUGCUGCGCUUGUUAAUACGUCGGCAAUUGGCGCUGCCCGCGAGAGCCCUGCAGCAGCAGCGCAGCCGGGCGCUUCUUCCGAUCACUGCGACGACUCCCGGCCGCUACUUUUCAUCCACACGACCAGCACGCGACGAGGAGGAGGAGGGCGAUGAUGAAGACGACUCGGGCGGUCUCGAAUUACCGGAGAACUACCACGAGAUCAAGGCUAGAUACCGGGGCAGCUUUCCUUCCAUGCGCGACGCAGAGUACUCGGACGUUGCGGCGGAAAUCGCAGUGUAUGACGACGCUAUGCGGAAGAGGGCAGAGAAGACCGGGCAAGAUCCCGGAGGAGACGACGAGGACUUUAUCUACUACGACCCGAGUCCAGAGGAGGCGGUAGGCCCUAAUCGUAACUCGUUCACGAUCAAAAUGCCGCGCGACGAAGAACUGGAGACGCCGACGGACGUUAUGGCGGACGACCUUCGCCAGCAGAUGGAGCUCGAGACCGCACAAGAAAAUGAAGAGUUCUGGCCCGUGGAGAGACCGCAGGACGGAGACGAAUUGCCGUCAGAGGUGCAUCGCCGGGUGGAGCAGCACCGCGAGAAGCGAGAGUACAACCGCGUGGCGGCCUGGGAGAUGCCGUUGCUGAGCAAGGAAGCGAUUCCGUUUGUUGCUCCUACCAAUAAAGAGGUCUUCAAGUUCCGGUACACAACCUACAUGGGACAGGAGCAUGCGGGCGAGGCGAAGGUGACGGUUGAAUUCGAGAUGAAGGCGGUCGCGAAGCUGUACUUUGGCGAAGGCAAAGAGCGCGCUAAGCGGGUGCACAAGAUGUCUUUGCUCUGCGGACCGCGAUACAAUCCGACCUCCGGCAUCGUUCACAUGAGCUCCGAGCGUUUCCCGAACGCGGUGCAGAACAAAAAGUUCCUGGCUGAUUCGCUGAAGAAGCUGCUGGUCGAGGCCUACGACAUCGAGACCGAGGCGUUUGAGGACAUUCCGCGCGACACCAGACACGUCAAGCCAAAGAAGAAAGUGCCAAUGUUCCCGAAGGAGUGGGAGAGACCGCAGGAUGCUCUUGAUGUGUAUUAGAUUACGGAUCCUAUUAUGUAUAUUGUAGAUUGCAGCAGAU